UGGAUCUGUGUACUACGUAAGCCGAUUGGUGCCAUGUAAAAAAAUAUAUAUAUAUCUGGAGACCGCCAAAUAAGUUUCUGGGGAUUGCCACAUGAAAUUAUCCGGAGACCGCCAUAUAAAUACAGGUAUCUGCAUGGUGACCAACAGAAACGUAUUUGACGACCGUCAGAUAAUUUUCUGGCGGCCGGCAGAAUGUUUUUUAUUUCACCUGGCACCAAUCGGCUUCCGUACUGAAUUUAAAUAGCAGGACGUUAUGAAUUAAUUAUAGGCGACAAGUAGUUAAUCUUCAAUGUCCGUGAGCAUCAACAGAUAGCGGUGCACAUGAUGCUCUUUACGUAAGGUUCAUCUAAAUAAGAGUGAUCAAUAAAGUGACACUUUAGCCUGACAACGACUUAUUUUCUUGAAAUCGGUAACUGACAAAAGAUAUGACUAAAGAACUAGGAAAUGAUGUCCCUAUUGAAACAGACGUGUUUGUUCGCCGUAAACUCGGACUGCCCAGCGGAAUUUCCUUCAUAGUGGGGACAAUUAUAGGGUCGGGGAUUUUUAUAUCCCCCAAAGGCGUGUUGCUGGGUACCGGUUCUGUGGGGCUGUGUUUGGUCGCGUGGGGCGUGUCUGCUGUCAUCUCACUCUGUGGAGCAUUAGUGAUGGCUGAGCUUGGCCUUCUUGUACCAAAAUCUGGUGGUCCAUAUAUAUACUUACUAAGAGCUUUCGGAACCUUUCCGGCUUUUCUCUUUGUAUGGGUACACUCCACGGUAAUCAGCCCUGGGUCGCUCCUCAUCAAAAGCCUCACUGUGGCCGAGUACGUCUCCCGUGCAACGAUAGACGACUGUCAAAGAACGAAAGGCUGGACUAAACUGUUGGCGGCGUGUGUCAUUAUUAGCGUGACCACUAUCAAUAUUCUGAGUGUUCGAUUAGCAGCGCGGACGCAGGUGUUGUUUUCCAUCAUUAAAGUGGGUGGUUUACUUGUCAUCAUCGGCGGAGGAAUACAUCAGCUAGCGAUAGGGAAUCCGGGCAUACUGGACACCGGAUUCGAGGGGUCCACAACGGAACUGAGUGAAUUUGCUGUAGCACUGUACAGUGGCUUGUGGGCAUACGGUGGAUGGGGAAAUCUGAAUUAUGCUGUGGAAGAAUUGAAAACUCCCAAAAGAAACCUUCCUCUGUCCAUCGGCCUGUCCAUGGUCAUCGUGGUCUUCAUCUAUAUGCUGGUCAAUGUGUCCUAUUUCACUUUAUUAACCAAGGAGGAGUUCCUAUCGUCCUGGGCAGUCGGUGUGACUUGGGCCGAGAAGCUGUUUGGAAGAGGUGCCAUAUUUGUUCCCAUUAUCGUGGCCUGUUCGGUGUUCGGUUCUGCUAAUGGCGGUGCCUUUGUGGGCUCGAGAGUUAUCUUCGCGGCAGCCAGGGACCACAACUUCCCCGAGGUGUUCUGUUACCUCAACGUCCAUUCUCUGAUUCCAACCCCCUCCGUUAUUUUCAUGACCCUGCUGUCGUUGCUAUACCUCAUCCUCCCGGGUAACGUGGGCUCUGUGAUCAAUGUAAUGGGCUUCAUAUCUUGGGGGACCUGGGGACUCGUCAUGGUGUCCCACAUAGUGUUCAAAUUCAAGGAGGACACCAAGAACAUUCCUCGACUAAUCAGGGUACCUCUCCUGGUCUCAGUUAUCAUGCUUUUGAUGUGCCUGUAUCUCGUGGUAGCCCCCUUUCUGAGCGGUUUUCGGAUGGAGUAUAUUUUUGCGUUCGCUGUCCUCGCGGCCGGAGUUCUGUUGUAUUUCCUUUUUAUCUACUUCCGCCUCGCUAUUCCAGGAAGUGGAAUGGUUUACUCAUUUCUCCAGUUGCUUUUAGAAGUUUCUCCACCUUCUCAACUCACAGAUUGAUACCACAUUCUCCAACUCGGAGACUAUCAAAAUCUAAACUUGAAUACUGAUGACACACCUCACUGCCGAUGCACACAAUCUCAACUCAAUGGCUCAUGCUGCAAUCUCAGCUCACAAUGAUGUCACAAUUUCACCUCGAAACACAAUGCCACAUUCUCAACUCACAAUUAAUGCCACCUCUAUCAGGCUGAUGAUGUCAUAUCUCAAUUCAAAAAUGCCACAAUUUCAACUCAAAGACUGAUCAAUGCCAAAUUCUACGAAAAUCCUCAAUGUACGAGUCUUGGUGUGUACGAAAAUCCUCCAUGUACGAGUAUGAUUUUGUAUCUCUUCUAUGAGUUUAGCAUUGAAAUGAUAUAUAAAAUGACUGCUUAAAUAAUUAA